CACAGCAGUUGCGCUGCACAGAGGAGCGAGCGAGCGGCUUAAUGGGUCGAGGCAAAAUUUAUUAUAAAUUAAUAAAACCCCGGACAUUUAAAGUAAAUAAAUAAAUAAGUAACAUUCAUUAUACAUAUAUUCGUAUCCUAAAGGCCUUCUGAUAUUGAUAUUUCGCCGUGUUUCUGUCCAGAUCGACGGCCGUUAUUGUUUGUGGAUUUACCUCAGAGGACCGAGCGGAUAUUUCUCCGGUCGCGGAAGGAUUAUCACUCUCGUAACGGUGAGCAGGAGCAGCGGUUCGGUACACACCGUCACCCGCUCGGGAUUAUCUGAUGGAGCGGAGCUGCAGCAGUCACGGAUCGCGGUCCCGGUGUCCGGAGCUCCUGAACGGAGACGCGUCCAUGACCGUAUCGAUCAGCUCCACGACGGGAACGCGCUUCGAGCUGUCGGUUCCGCGGGACGAGACCGUGCAGGGGCUGAAGAGGAGGCUGUCCGAGAAGCUCCGGGUUCCCGGAGAGAGACUGCUGCUGCUGCACCGAGACACGAGGUUGAGCUCAGGAAAGCUGCUGGACUUCGGUGUGUCUGACGGAAGCAGACUGACGCUGGUGCCCUCGGUCGAAGCCGGACUCAUGUCGCAGUCGAGCCGCUCGGAGCAGUCGGUCGUGCAGGCUCUGGAGACGCUCUCAGACGCUCAGAUCAGUGACUUCCUGUCGGGACGGUCCCCGCUGACCCUUGCCCUGCGUGUGGGUGAUCACAUGAUGUUUGUGCAGCUCCAGCUGGCGUCUCAGCCGUCCGUCUCCAGGGGUCCUGCGGGCCCUAACCAGACACCUACAGGGGCCGUCAGCAGUGAGACCCCCUCAGACCCUCAGCAGCGGGCACCAGACGUCACUGAGAGACACAAUGCCCCGCCCUCACCUCAUGUUCACCAUGCCCACAGUACACAAAGCCCCGCCCCUGCUCUUCACUCACACCCUGUUAGCCACGCCCACCCUCCUCAAAGCCCCGCCCAGGCUCCUCCCGGCACUCAGGCUGGGACUCCGAGCCCCAGACAGCGAUGCAGACCCGGCGCAGUCAUCGAGAGCCUCGUCAGUCACUCGCCGGGAGUUUUCUCAGGAACCUUCUCAGGUACUUUACACCCUAACUGUCAGGACAGCAGCGGGCGUCCUCGCCGGGACAUCAGCACCAUCCUGCAGAUCCUCAAUGACCUCCUGAGCGCCACGCAGCAGUGCCAAGGAUCUCCUCCGACACUGACACACCUGCGCUGCCCUCCGACCUCACCUACCUCAGACCUGCAGCCACACACACUCCUGCGCAGACCCUCCGGUGAGUGAGUGUAAGUGUGUGUGUUUGUGUGUGUUUGAGCUGCAGUACGCACACACAGGAAGAGGAAGUCAUGUGUUCUGACUCAGAGUCUUUUCUAACUUUACACACUUCUGGUUUUGUCUGAUUCACUGCACGGUGUGUGUUUGUGUCUCAGAUUUACUGCUUCAUCAGAGCUCAGACACGCUUCUGAAUUCUGAUUGGACGAGCCGCUGUGAAUAAGGACAUAUUCAUGCAUCUGUAAACAGUUAUGCUGAUGAAUCAGAAGAAUGUUUCCUUAUUUCAAAAAUUCUUAAUAUUAAAAAAAUCAUAAUACGUCAGAUUUGUGUACAGAAGAGAUUGUUCAGCUGCGUCUCGGUGACAAACAGGAGAAUAACUGUUGAUGCUAACAUGUUCUGAAGGAGCCGUGACCUCUCAGAGGUCAGCCGCGGGGUCAUGCCGAGCUCUGUGCUUUCAGGGGGUCAUGACCCCUCACACACUCACACACACACACACACACACACUCUCUAAUCUCGACUCACAUCUUUCCAGCACACAGGCUGCAUGAAUUAUUCAGCUUUGCUCAGGCACACUCGGGCCCUCAGGGGCCUCCAGGAGCCCCGCAGCACCGCGUCCGUGUGUGUGUGUGUGCAGUGGAAACAUGCUGAUGAAGCAUCAAUGAUUCACGGGUCAGCAGCUCUGGAAAGAACAGAUCUGGAGUCCUGGAGGAAGUGCAGCUUUACACAGGAAUCUCUUUCAGCACAAACACUCAGCUCUGCGUAAAGAG